ACAAAAAUUAGCUCAAAAGUUAAAACCAAGAAAAUACUUUAGUGGCGCCGUGUUGCGGAUUACUUUGCGGGAUCCUUCUUUUUUCUUCUUCACAUCACAUUCAAGCCACAGGCCGUAUUAGUUACAGGUAUCGUUCAACGCAAGCAGACAUAACAAAAAUCCUGUUCUUCACUUCCGUCAUCUGUUCUCAGUUUAUUGUAAAAUGGACAGCAAGGAGCUCUUAAGAUACCAGAUGGCUCAAGCUGCUGAGAAACGUGAAUUGACAAUGAAGAAGCCGAACGAUAAGAUCCCUCUAAUUGCCUCGUUCAAAGCUCUCGAGUUGAAUUUGAACUGGCAAGUAGAAAACGUUCGUAAAGGUGUCGGUGUUCUUUCCGGCUGGAUGAAUUGCCAACGGUUUCCUCAAACUUUCCAAUUCGGUCUCCGGUACAACGAAGACGUUGCAACAUUAUCACUUACAAUAUUAAAUUUGCAUCACCUUGGCUUGAGAGUGGCACUGGUCCGACUGACAUGCAACGACGGAAAACCUCAGUUAAUGAAGAGAAAGAACUCUGAAAAGCGGGCCAGCAAAUUGGAUCUAUUCACCGAAAAUUUUAGGGAUUUAGAGAGUGUUUGCCGUUUUACUUGCCGAGUCUACCUUGAAGGUGUCGUAGACACUUACGUCCACCAACAGUACGAUAAACUUUUAGACGAUCAGCUCUGGUAUUACGCUCAAAAUGGUUGCUGGACCGAUUUGAAAUUUUCCAUCGGCGAAAAGGUCUUCAACGCCCACAAGUAUAUCAUCUGUGCACGAAGUUCUCGCCUAGCCGCCGAAUUCGGUAAUACUGACAGCAUCCGCUUGUCAGAUGAUUUGGAUCCGGAAACUUUCAAGUGCUUUCUCCAGUUUAUUUAUACUGGGAGAUUGAUGUUGCUUCAUUUCAAAACGACGGUUUGUGAUCAGCUGUUGUCGUUGGCCGACAAGUAUGGAGUGGAGACACUCAAACAAUUGUGUCUGACAGACCUAGAAAAGUUGACGACCAAGACCUUUCCCGAGCAUUUCAUGUCGACGAAACCUCCAACAACUCCGACUGGCAUGGGGGAACCUUUCGAGAUCGACCUGUGGCCAAAAUCAGAAAUUAGCAUCCAACCCGACUCUACCGAAAUCCGUUUUUCCUGGGAUAUUAGUCACUUGCCAGAGGACAAAUUGAUUAGAGUCGUCAACUUCAAUCACCAAGAGGCGUUUCAAGUCUGCUUCCGGUCCGGAUGCGAGUUAGAAGAAGGCAAGCAGAAUCCCGCAUUGUUUAUCUUCAGCAAACAGUGGCUCGAAGGUGGACUGGAUGUGAUCGAUAUUGUAAUUGUUAUCAAGACGAAAUCUUCAAUCGACGGUAAAACCUCGAACAGCAAACGGAUUCCCGCCAGCCAGUGGAAAAAGGUGGCUAAUCGCGAGCCGGCCAUGGCUAUUUUCUCGGUCGAUCUUCCAAAUUCUCUACAAGCUCCUUUUACCAUAAUUUUCAUGAUCGAUGUUUCUUGUAAAAACGUUGGAAAUUAUUCUUAUCAGUCAAGAGAUAUCAACUAUGCAGACAAUCUGUGGUCAUCUGCGAUUGACGGCCGUUUGACCGAUGUUGAAUUCAUGGUCGGUGGACGAACUUUCAAAGCCCACCAGGCCUUGAUGGCCGCCCGAUCUACCGUCUUCAGGGAUUUAUUCAACUCAAAAGGUAUGAGCGAAUCGGGUAGCAAACGUGUGGCGCUGGAUGACCUCGAUUCACCUACCUUUGAAAAAAUCCUCUAUUUCGUCUACACUGGAUUGCUGCGAGUAUCCGCCUGUGAUCCCAAGCUCUUCAUAGCCGCCGAUAAAUACCAAAUAGAAACUUUAAAAUACCUGUGCGAAAACCAGGUUAGGCAUCGCGACCGCAGUCAUCAAGAUUUAUUUUCGUUUUUACCCAUGGUUGCUUAAGAGUUGCCUUUGUCGCAUUUGUGUCGCAAUUUAAAACGCAUUGAUUUGUUCGUAGGGGAAAUAUAUCACGGAUGAAGUUA